AGUGGUGCUCCGUUUUCCAUCUGUUCCUUCCCGUAAAAUUGCAAAAUCUUGUUUUGGUCCGGUUUGGUGCGGGUAUCGAAAGGUUUCGAACGUUUUUGGAUUAUUCGGUGGAUUUCCUAUAUUUAGUGUCUCUCAAACCUUGAAUUUCUGCUGAAAUGUCGUUGGGACCGUUCUUCCGUUCUCCGCUGACCGAUCUGACGGCGUCAAUGGUCAACCACCAGCAGUACGACAAAUGCGGCGAGCUUGAAAUGGCAUCCAUCGAUUGCUUGGAAGCUUACGGAACCGUCCGUGGGGCGGAAAAGUGUGCCGAUAUUUUGGCUGAUUUCAAAGAGUGCGCCGCAAUGACCAAACAGAUUGCCAGAUUCAGGGCCAUGCGCUUGGAGAGACAUCGCCAAGCUUUGCUGGGAGACCGGAAAUGGGAGGAAUACUACGCCAAGCCACCUCGUGUCGAUGCCUAUUAGAAAACCGAAUGAAAUCCUUCUGUUGUGCAAAUAGAGAAACUGCUUUAUUGGACGAAA